UACGCCGCGUCAAUAGGCAAUGUGCUCGCAGGUAACAGUCGUCAGUCGAGAGUCAGUGCUGGGUCUGAUCGGAUCCGCAGGUACAACUGCUGACAAGGUUCUCUGAGCAGGCAAAUAAAAUACUUUCACCAAGAUGCUGAGGGAAACGGCUCUCGUUUUCGCGGCGCUUGUCGUAUUCGCCGGUGCUACUUUAGUUAAUCAUUGCGACUCUGAAGUUCCAUUCGAGGAUUCUACGCAGAUCAGUGUGUCGGAAUGCGAUAAACCGACAUGCAUAUUAAAACAGGGGUCGACCAUUACAAUAGAGAUCAAACUCAUCCCCAAUAGAGACAUUGAAAGUUUGGUCAAUGAAGUGGGCGCGAUUCUUUUCAAUGUACCCUUGCCCUUCGUAGGAGUCGACGGAACAAAUGCUUGCGAUAAUAUUUACAACGUCGAUGGUAGCAAAGCCGGAUGUCCGUUGAAAAAAGGCGUCGAAUACCUCUACAAGAACAGUUUCCCCAUACUGGCGUUUUAUCCCAGGGUUGCAUUGGUCGUACGCUACGCAUUGCGAGAAGGAAAUGACAAAGUUGUAUGUUUCGAGGUUCCAGCGAAAAUUACAAAAUAAAUAAAUUGUCUCGUUGCUGACUUCGAUAAAUUAUAAUUAAAAGUCACAUGUGUGCAUGGUAGCAACCUGACUCGAGCUUAUAUAAUUUAAUUCUACGAUAUGAUGCAGCAUCGCGUGCAAAAUAAUCCAUCCAAUAUAAAAUAUGUUAUGCUGUGUAUAUAUAAAACAUUUUUAAUAAAGUAUCUACUUAUAUAUUUGUCAAAGCAA